AUGCGAUCGUCAACGGCUGAAGCGGGCGAUCGCAAGGCGGCGCCCGCACCUCGGCCGUCUCACGGUCCUGGACCGCCCCGGCCGCAUCCUCCACACGGUGUUCAACAAGGACCUCGUAAUUACAAGACUUUGUAUGACAAGGAACUUGGCGCUAAAGAAACUAUCCGUAGAUAUAAUGGUCAUAUUCCUGGUCAUCCUAAAUACGAUGUUAAGCUACCUCUAUCCGAUCCUCGGAAUCAUUAUAUACAGUUCCGAACGAUCGCUCAAGCAGACCUUGUUGUGCCAUCAUUUACGGUGGACAGAAACACCGUAUUUUAUCCUAAAGUGGAGGUGGCAAUGUUUGAUUUGAACGACAAUGUUAACAAAGCAUUUUUACAACAGUUAGCCAACAAAGUUGCUCCUCCUAUCGAUCUGGAAGUAUUUUAUCAUCCGAUUACUAAGAAACACAUGGGAAUGGCAAUGAUUGUAUUCUCUACCUAUGAAGAGGCUCGAAGAUUUGUGCACGAAUACAAUAUGAGGACCGUAAUGGGCAGUCAGGUUUCUUGCUGUCAUGAUCCUUACUUUACUCUGUUGAGUCAGCGUUAUGAAGACGCAACUGGUGAAGAAAUGCGCAUCCCGGUGCAUCUGAAAGGAUUGGAAGAGACCAUUCUAAACACGCGAAGAAGCCAUUUUGCAAUGAAAAAUGAAGUACUACAACGAGGACGUCCGUCUUCUUCAUCGCUUUAUGCAGCGGAACAAACUGAACAUGUCGAUAUGGACAUGGAGUCACCAACAGUUCCUUCCGUUGAUGUAAUUCAACGAGGUCUCGAUAAGCGUAACACUCCAUGCACUCCAGUGCCUGAAGUUUCCACACCUAGAAAUGAGAUCUUGGUUAGGGGCACCAACACGCCUGCGCGCCCUCGUACUCCUCCAAUGGAGCCGCCUAUAACGACAUCUGCUCCACCGACAGUGCCGCUUCCAGCCGUAGUUCCGCCUCCGAAUGCGUUCCUCCCGCAGAUCCCCCCUCCUAUGAUACCUCCUUUCCAUCCCGGUACCGUUAACGCAGAAGAUCGAGCAAGUACCAGCUCGGGAGGUCCCACUAAUUUUCAACAGAACACUUGGAGUAACCCAACUCACUGUAACUCCUUCAACAUGUAUGGAAUGAUAAAUAACUGUUUGCCAACUUUCCCAUUGCUACCAUGGCCACCCUAUGAUCCGUUCCAAGGAACUAGCAAUUUUGAUCCACCAAUAAAUCCUAUGAUUUCGCCAGAACAAUCUCCGACAUGGAAAGGUUGUGGUACGAAGCAGAAUCACGGAUAUGCAGGCUUUUGUGAGGAUCGUCGAGUCUGCAUGUGGUCCCGUCAUGGGCGUGCUGGAUUCGAAAACGAUCUUUGGGAUGAGCGAACUCGUCCCCAAACUCCUCAUUCUGUUCAGUACAGCGAUGAUAAAAGGUGCAGACCUUAUUCUGGAGGAAAUUUCGGAAACCUGAAACCUUGGGAACGGAAGAGUCGCAAUCGAGUAAAGUGUGGAUCAUGGAGGAGACGUAAUUGCGAUCCACGAUCUAAAAAAUUCUAUAGAAGAGACGGAUUUGUCGUAAGACGCUACUACUAUGAGCAGAAGUCACCAGAUCGCUUCUCAGAAGGACCCAGUGAAGACCACAAUAACAAUGAUAGUAGGAAUUUGGAAUUGGAAAAUUUAGCUUCUCCAUUACGGAAGAAAAGUAGAUGGGAUGAUCCUGGCAAUGAUUUUAUUUCGUCGCAGUCGCAACCAGGGCCGAGUGGUGCGCCUAUACCACCAAUUCCCCCGAUUCCCCCAGUUUUUGGUAUGACCUAUCCACCGCCACCUCCUUACUCAGCGGUACCAGCGGAUGGUUCCGCUAUUUUCCCACCAGGAUACCCUCAUCCAUCGAUAGGUGCUCCUGUCGCCAAUGUUGCUGAAGAGAAAGCGACAACUUCACAGUCAGAACCGCCGCAAGAGUCUCGUCGUGGAAAAAGAGAGAACCGCAGUCGACCUCAUAAGAAGAAGAAGAAGAAGCGAAGAAGGCGCUCAUCUGACUCUUCCUCGAGUUCAACUUCAGGUUCUUCGCUGAAUAUAGGGGAAUAUCUGCGGGUAGAAAAGAAGGAAAUGAGCACGAAAUAUAUUUCGCGGGAACGUGAAGGGCGGGAAAAAACUAUUGUCGAAGAAAUAAAAACAAUUACCAAAAGAAAGAAGUACACAGUAACAGAGUCUAAGCGGAAUGAUAUCAAGCAUCAACUUCAGCAAACACCUGGUUUGCAAAAGAUAAGCAGCGAUGAGUCGGACGAGAAGGCAGAAGUUGAGGAGGAAAAGUUCGAGAAAGAACAGAGCCCGUCUCCUUCGAAAAUCAGCGAGAAAGAAAAGAAAAUAGAAGGCCAUCGAUGGAGCAGCAGUUCCACUGAUUCUGAUGUUGAACUAACCUUAAAGAAAGAUAAGAAGACCGAAAAAACAUUAUCAGCUUCGUCUUCGCAUCACGACUUAUCUUCUCGUACACCAGUACCACCAAUAGUGGCUCCACCGGCACCGCCUCCAGUUGUAUUUAGUCCUGAAACCCAUUCGUUACCUCAUGUAGCUGCUCCUGUUGUAUCAACACCAACACUACCUCCUCCACCUACUAUGGGCAUACCUCUGCCGCCACCUGGAGCCAAUAUACCACUACCUCCAACACAUCUCCCGCCACCACCGUUUCCUCUGCCUCCUAUGAAUCCCGCAAUACCAUUAGGCGCACCUGCGUUUAAUCCUUUAUUACCUCCACCAAACUUCUGUCCGCCACCACCUCAAGUUUAUGUGAAGCGAGAUUUCCCUAAAGUUGCACUUCGUUUUGUGGAAGAACCUCCUUCUUGUCCAACCACAUCCACGCCAUCAACGUCUUCCCAUCAAACUCUUGCCGAUCGUGUUGCUAGCAUUUUCGGUGCCGAUGUUGGAGGACAGUCCAGGAAUGCGCGGCCUGGAUCUAGCAUAUCUCAACGGCAAGGGUCGGAUGAUGCUGUCUGCGAUGACGUUGAUGACAUGGAUGUCGACGUCGGAUCUUCGAUCUCUCCACCUCCGGAGGGAUUGAUGUCGACGAGCCCGGUAGAUCAAAUGCGAAGAAAUGGGAAGGAGCCACGAAGAACUCGGCAAGGAACAGCUGACAAAGAAAAGAGACAAUUCGCAAAGAAUGUAGCUGUUGUGCGAGAGGCUACCGAAAAGACUAUAGGUGAAGAAAUCGUUGAUGUUGUCACAAAGGACUUUUACAAACGAGUGGAAGGUGUCAGCUUCGAGAUUUUGGAAGAAGUUCUAGCUGAAAUUCGCCACGAAUUGGAGGAACAGAAGCGUAAUGAGGCUCAAGAAGCAUUGCGGGCACAGGCUCAAAUGGUUACACCAGAGAAGCCAAGUGAUGUGGCUCAGUUGUGUAGUCCGCUCUCUGCUAGCUUGAAUGCUACCCCUGAGAAGCUCGGUGCUUUUCCAUUCACCAUUAACAUGCCAAAAUUGCCAAGUUUCCGAAGAAAAGUACGACCACCAUCACCUGAAUCGGAAUCUGAGACGAGAAGCCCUCUUGUUCGAAAAUGUGACGAAGAAUCUGAUGAUUCCGAUGUAGCACAUAAAAGUUCAUCUAGCAGCCAGAAUUCCUCUGAAUCGUCUGAUGAGGUCGUACUUCGGAGGAAGGGACAAGCGCAACGUAAUCGGUCAUUAUCUGCCUCCGGAUCAGAGUCAUCAAGUGAGCUUUCCUCCAACGAAUCUGAGCAUCAGUCGAGGAAAUCAUCUCAAUCGUCCAAAUCUGUGCAAAAGCUGGACACACCGUCUGUCGUUGCCUCCACGGCUGUUUCCACGGCAUCGAGCGUAGCGUCUUCUUCAGAAAGCACACCGCCCAGCGACGAUGAAGAACGUGAUGCUUCAACGAUCACUGAGGAGCCCAUUCCUGUACCGAUUGUUGAGCCAGAAGUAGAGAAAGAGGAUUUGACACCUUUAUGGGAAAAGAUACUUGGUGAUACUUCUCUGGAUUGGUCGGAAGGACUUCCAAGAACGCUUUACCAUGUCAGUCUUACUGAACACUGCUACUUCAAGCUACCAGAAAAUGAAAAGAAGACCGGGGAAGAGAAUGCGAAAGACGUCACAGUUCAGGUGCAAGUAAGAGUAGAGGAUAAGCAAGAAAAGGUUCCCGCACCUCCUAAGAAGACUAAAGCCACAAAAGUCGAUCGCGAGCUUCUUAGACUCUUUCCCGCUGUUGAAAUUCGAGCCCCUCCGAAGCCGAAAGUAAUCUACCCACCGUGGACCGAUGAAGAGCGAAAACGACACAUAUAUUGUUGGGAUUGCUGCUUCGAUCCGGAAGAUCAGGAGUACCUAAGGCAAGCAUGGACCGAUUUACAGCCGGCAGGUGACGAUGCGAAGCCACCUCCUUGGAUACGACCAGUCCGUUUCAACUUCAGGUCGUGGGCAGACAAGCCUCGACUUUUGGAUAAACCUGUGAAGAAGGGGCGUGUGGACCAAUAUUUUGCUGACGGAGAAUUGGAUGGAAUUCUUCCGAUUGAGGGCGGAUGUGCUCGUACUCGUGGCUACUUCAAGAUGACAGCGAAGGAGAAGCGAAGCCUUAUCAGAAGACCCGAAGAUGAACAACGGGACAAGACCGUCAUCAACGAAAGGGACGAAGCUGCGGUACGACACAAUCUUGUGUUGACCAAAGAAUCUCGAUCGAUGCAUCGUCGUCUGCUUACAACCAUGGGUGACGCGAACACAGAUUUCUUCAAAGUCAAUCAACUUAAGUAUCGCAAGAAGAUGAUUAAAUUUGCGCGGUCAAGAAUUCACGGUUGGGGAUUAUAUGCAAUGGAAGCAAUCGCUCCUGAUGAUAUGAUUGUUGAAUACGUUGGACAGAAGGUACGCAAUACUGUGGCAGAUGUUCGUGAGAAGGCAUACGAGAGACGAGGCAUUGGCAGCAGUUACUUAUUCCGUAUUGAUGACACCACAGUCAUUGAUGCCACUCGUAUGGGAAAUUUCGCUCGGUUUAUAAACCAUUCCUGCCAGCCAAACUGUUAUGCAAAAGUGGUCACAGUGGAUGGUGACAAGCGUAUUGUGAUUUACAGCAAGACACUUAUUAAUAAAGGCGAUGAAAUCACAUAUGAUUAUAAGUUUCCAAUUGAAGAUGACAAAGUUGAUUGUUUAUGUGGUGCUCCAAACUGUCGUGGAACCCUCAACUGA